AUGGACUGGGCUGCCUUCCAGGCGACCACCACCCAGGCCCUCGGCGCGCUCGACCAGGCACUGGCAGCGCCCGAAGCGUUGAGCAACCGCUUGGGUCAAUUGGACCCCAACACUGACAACCUAGAAACAGUGCUGCAAGAGCUGCACGGUGUCACUGCUGGUUUUGAGCUACAGCCGGUGCUCCUCGAGCUUCAGACCGUGCUGGCAGCGUGCCCCGAUCCACCCACCGCGCUGACCAUGGCACCCGAAACGCCGCCCGCCAACCUCGGUGCAGCCCUGGACAAAGUCGCCAUGCUACGCGACGUGGGAGCCAAGCGCAUAGAACUGUUCACCAACGCCAACAACAACCUCGAGCAGCUAGUGCUGAAGCUGAUUACUGCUCUGCGUGCUGUGGCAAGAGCGGGAACCACCGACACGGACCAUCGAGUGGAGAGACUGGAGCAGUGUGCGCAACGGUUGGAUGUGAGUGCACCACCUCCAACCGAGGCAUUGCCCGAGGCCUGGGAGGAGCUGUGCCAAGCCCACGAAAAGCUGAGCUUGCCCGAGCAGAACGGCCUGGAGCAGCUGAUAACAUGGAGAGUUGAGCAUGACUAUGAGCAUCAAGACUGGUAUCUGGCGUUUGCGCUUCACGAGGUGCAAGCCCUGUUGCAGCAGUUGCAAGACAUGAUCGACUGGCAGGCCAAGACGCUGUCCGUGCUGACUUCGUGCGAAGAGUAUGCAAGCGGCAUCACGCAGAGCAGCGCAGAUCAAGUUGGAUCCAUUCAUGAGGAGAGCGCGCUGGGAGCGCGGCUCCGCACAGUGCUUGGACCCGACCUUCCAGCCAGCCUCAUCUUGGAGGCCAUGACCGAAGUGGACCGGGCAUUGUCGCUUUCCAGCCUGGGCCAGCUUGAUCUUCAUUACAACCAAAAUCACAAGGUGUACAAGGCCCGCGCCGCGCUAUCAAAUUCUGGGGAACAAGAUUUGGCCGUCAAGGAGUAUGCAUUUGCUCAACAGCACAAAACAAAUCAGUGCCGUACGUUUCUGCGUGAGCUCCGCGCCAUGCGCCAGCUUGAGCAUCCACACAUCAUUCCGGUCCUUGGCGCGCUUGUGGACGUGCACAGUGGCCACCCAAGCGCCUACUUGGUACAGCCAUGGUGUGCACAGGGUGAUUUGCAGCAGUGGCUCAGCACGGCACGACACCUGGCCACCUCAACCGUGAUAGCAGGACUCAUGACGCAGCUGCGCACGGCCCUGUCGUUUAUGCACAGCAAGGGCCUGGUGCACCGAGAUGUCAAGCUGAGCAAUGUCAUGUUAGACGGCUUGGAGGAUCAGCCCGUUGUGCGGCUGGGUGACUUUGACAUUGCCAAGGCCGCCGCCGAAGCCACCAUGCUACCAUGCACGGCCACUGCAUCGUCGGGCACGGCAGGUUAUGUGGCACCUGAAGUGGUAUUUGGAAUGGGUCGUGUGGGUGCGCGCCCGGCACAGGAUGCCUUUUCCUUUGGCUGCGUUCUCUACAACACCUACAUGUUCCCACAAACGGUGCCACCUGCUCACCCACGGGUUGAUGAGGUUGUGGAUCGAUGCAGCUGGAGCAUACGAGCAGGAGAGUCUGACUGCGACUUUCCGCACUUGGCGACUGAGAUGUGCGAUUCAACGAGCGAUUUGUACAAGGAAACGCGAGCCUUGCUUGCAACAGAUCCAAAGCAACGGCCAAGCCUUUUCAGCGCCAAGCAGAUUUCGCAGCAGCUUGCCAUCGCCCAACUUGGGCCAGCCAUUGAUGUCUUGCGCGACGCUCCCGAGCUCAUAUCAGAGGUGAGUGAGCUACUGAAGCAGCUGAACACCGAUGGGCGGGGACCAGCAAAUAUUGCAGUGCAACGGGUAGAGCGCGUGCACAACCCCGUGCUGUGGGAGCGCUACAGCGCCAAGCGACGGGAGAUGUUGCAUCACAUCAAAAGUCAGAAGCACUAUGAUCAACUCAAAACGUCCACAUUAGAUGCGCCCUCGGGAUCUCCAGCUCUGCUUCGCGAUGCAUCCUGUCAAGAGCGCCUGUUGCUCCACGGUAUUGCCCCCAGCACAGUGUUGCGCGACAAGAUAGUGCGCCUGGGCCUUGACCAUCGCUUUGCUGGCAGCAGCGCUGGCCACCGAUUUGGUUUAGGUGUUUACUUGGCCGACCAUCCCGGCAAGAGUCAUCAGUACGCCGAUGCCGGACCCAACGGUGAACGGAUGCUCGUCAUCACGCGAGCACUCCUGGGCCAUGCCCAUGCUCAUCCAUCACCUCCUUCUGGGGCGCUGGCGCCACCGCUCCAGCCCGAUGCACCCAACAACGAGCGAUAUGAUUCGGUCAUCGCGGCACCGCGUGGCGAAGUUCACCAGGCGGUCAUCAACGACAAUGCCCACAUUUGGGAAUCUGCUUGCAUCCUAACUCGGCUGAUCGAGUUUUUGCGAAUCAACGUCGCGUCGCACAUUGUGGAUGGGGUUUAUAUGUCUAUUUAG